AUGGGUUUCACCACCCCCGUGAACUCCGCCGCUAAUCCCGCUUCACAGCUCCUGGUUUUACCUCAGAACGCCGUUCCGCAGCAGCAGCAACAGCAGCAGCAGCAGCAGCAGCAACAGCAGCAGCAGCAGCAGCAGCAGCAGCAGCAACACCAGCCGCAGCAGCAGCAACAGGAGCUUGCGUCGUCGGCUCCCGUUAAUCGUCAGCAGCAGUUAAUCUCGUCUCUUGGAGCCUCCGGCUCGCUGCUUCAGCAGCAAGCGGCGCAGCUGACGCUCGCGACGCAAUCACCGCCGUACGAUCCACGUCAGCAGCAGCAGCAAUCGCCACGUCAACAAUCUAUGAUGAAGCUCGUCCCGCCUGCGCCUGACGAGACAGAUGACCUGGCAGCAAAGCUUCAGCUGAGCCAGCCGGGCUUUGCGCCGACCAUGGCGGCUCCGGUGCAGGCGAAGGCAGCGGUUCCACCAAGGUCAGUCGCGCGUCUCCCGCCGCCUCAUGCGCAGACAUCGCAGUCGCAGGCGCAGGCGCCGGCGUUGGCGCGACAAUUCCCGAAGCAAGGCGCGGUGGACAGGCUUCUCGGCGGGGCGAUCCUUCUCACGCAGAAGCGCAAGCUCGGUUCCGAUGGCGGAUCGGCAAUCGUUGCUUCUGCUGCCACUGGUAUCCCCGGCAUUGGUGGUGUUUCUGGUUCGGAUCUGGCGCGCAAGCGCAGCAAGGAGAACGUGAGGGAGGACAGUGGAGGCAAGCAGCGAGGCUCACCCGAUGGCGACGACGACGACGCUCUACCAGACGGUUCUUACGACGUUAUCGAGAUGGACCCUGUGGAAUUGCUGGCGGAGCACACCCACUUCUGCGAAAUCUGUGGCAAGGGAUUCAAGCGCGAUGCCAACCUCCGCAUGCACAUGAGAGGCCACGGUGACGAGUACAAGACGCCAGAAGCCCUCGCCCGCCCGGACAAGCACCUCGCAAACGUUGCCCUGCGCCCGAAACGUUUCAGCUGCCCGUUUGUUGGCUGCAAGCGCAACAGCCAGCAUCAGCGCUUCCUCCCGCUGAAGACGAUGCUGUGUGUGAAGAACCACUACCGCCGCACCCACUGCCCCAAGAUGCUCUCCUGCUCCAAGUGCGGUGCAAAGCGGUUCUCGGUGGUGGCGGACCUCAAGACCCACGAGAAGCACUGCGGGCGCGACCGCUGGCUGUGCUCCUGCGGCACGUCCUUCAGCCGCAAGGACAAGCUGCUCGGCCACCUCGCCCUCUUCAAGGGCCACCGCCCCGCCAACCCCUCCCUCACCGCUGCCGACGACGGCCCUGCAGGCGCUAUCAAUGAUGGUACAGGAGUUGAAGCUCCUGCGAUCGCUGGGUCUUCAGUGCCUGCUCCUCCUCAGGUGAUGGAAAGGGAGAGGGAAGUGAUGGUGUAUCAGCAAGGAACUCCGGCUCAGCUUACUCUUGGCCACACUGCUGCUCCACCUACUGCUGCGUCGGUUCAAGGCACUGCACCUACUGGUGCUGCUGUUCCUGGUCCAAGGGUGGAUGGUGGUGGUGGUCAGACGAUCCUGAACGCCAAGGGGGAGCUGUCAGGCUCACUCCCAUCUGCCCCACACUCCCUCCCGCCACCCGCGCCCCUCCCAGGCUUCUUAAGCAUUGACUGCGGGUACCAGGGGCGGCCGUACCCCUCCCCUCUCGGCUUCACCUGGCAACCCGAUGCCCCCACCCUUCCGCCCUCCCCCGUCCUUCCCCCUGCCCUUCCCCCUGCUCUUCCCCCUGCCCUUCCCCCUGCUCUUCCCCCUGCCCUUCCCCCUGCCUUUUCCCCGCCCUCCCCACACCCCAGGUUUCAUAAGCAUCGACUGCGGGUACCAGGGGCGGCCAUACCCCUCCCCUCUCGUUUUCUCCUGGUGGCCUCCCCCCAUCCCUUGCGCCCUUCCCUCCUCACCCCCCACUUGUGCCUCCCAGGCUUCAUAAGCAUCGACUGCGGGUACCAGGGGCAGCCGUACCCCUCUCCUCUCGGCUUCACCUGGCUGGCAGCCCGACCCCCCCACCGUCCCGGGCACGCCCGCUGUCAUCACCGGAAUCUCUCCCCAAGGGGGAGAUGCUUCAUAAGCAUCGACUGCGGGUACCAGGGGCGGCCGUACCCCUCUCCUCUCGGCUUCACCUGGCAGCCCGAUCCGCCCAUCGUCUCCGGCACGCCUGCUGUCAUCACGGGCAUCUCUCCAGACGCGGGAAACGUGAGGCUCACUUCCAUCCGCCGCACAACCCCCUCACCCCGCUUCAUCAGCAUCGACUGCGGGUACCAGGGGCGGCCAUACCCCUCUCCUCUCGGCUUCACCUGGCAGCCCGACCCCCCCACCGUCCCGGGCACGCCCGCUGUCAUCACGGGCAUCUCUCCAGACGCGGGAAACGUGAGGCUCACUUCCAUCCGCCGCACACCCCCCUCACCCCGCUUCAUCAGCAUCGACUGCGGGUACCAGGGGCGGCCGUACCCCUCUCCCCUCAACUUCACCUGGCAACCCGAUCCCCCCACCGUCUCCGGCACGCCUGCUGUCAUCACGGGCAUCUCACCAGAAGCAGGAGCUGUGAGGCUGACCACGGAGCUGUCUCUGAGGGCGUUCAAUAACGACAGGGACGUCAACUGCUACCACGUGCCGCUCACUGCUGCUGGCCGCUACCUGGUGCGUCUGACCUUCUGGUACAAGAACUACGAUGGCAAGAACUCCCCGCCUGUGUUCAACGUCACCAUAGGGCCCGGAUCAGCGGGUCAGGUGGACCUCCGUUCUUUAGGUGAUGCCCUCUACACACUUGAAGCCAUAGCCACAGUGAGGGACGCCACCAUGCCCAUCUGCCUGCAGCGAGUAGGGGACGCCCCGCCCAUCAUCAACGCUAUAGAAAUCCGCCUGCUGCCGUCGCUCUCCUACAGCUACCAGCAGCUGAAAGCUGAUGUGCUCGUGGUCUGGUGGCGCUUUGCUUGUGGGGACAGCCCUGUCAGAGACCAGACUUUCAGGUACCCCUCGGACCCUCUCGAUCGCAUAUGGCAGAUUGACGGCAGCACGCUCACAGACCACUGGGACCGUGGGUGGGUGGGACCUGCAAGCAACCAGCUGCUGGUAGCCCCAACCCUCCCCUUCCCCCCUUUUCUCCCCCUGCCUGCCAGGUACCCCUCUGACCCUGCUGACCGCAUAUGGCAGAUUGACGGCAGCACGCUCACAGACCACUGGGACCUGCAACCAGCCACCCGUACACAGCUGGUUACCACCAACGCCACCGUAACCAUCCCUCUCCCCAUCCGCAGCAACACCACCACCACCAUCACCACCUCCUUUCCCAACGCUGUGCCGCAGCGGGUGCUGCAGUCUGCUCGCACGGUGCUAGCACCAGCAGCGCUGGCGAAUCGCGGAGCAGGCCAGGCCGCCAUCCCCUUCACAGUCACACCCGAAAACCGGCUAAACAUCAGACUUAGGGUAAAAACGACCGCCAAGAGCCGGAUUCGCCCUGUGACACUUAGCGGGUUGGAAAUUGUCCAGUUGUUUGAGGAGGCGCCGGCGGUGGGGGGAGGAGAUGUGGCAGCGCUGGCGUGUGUGAAGACUCAGUUUGGGGAGCCUGCUGCUAUGGAGGAGUGGGUGGGGGACCCGUGCUACCCUGUGACGUGGCCUGGUGUGCAGUGCAGCUUCAGUGCCAACGACACUGCUGUCAUCGGCCUGGACCUGAGUCACUCUGGUCUCUCCGGCUCCAUACCUGCCUGCAUUGCCAACCUCUCCUCCCUCUCCUCACUCGUGCUCAACGACAACAGCCUCACAGGCGACAUCCCCUCGUGGCUUGGUUCCCUCUCGAACCUGCACUCCCUCAAGCUGGGCGACAACCAGCUGGUUGGCAGUGUGCCGAUGUCGCUCUUACAGCUGCCCGAAUUCCUGCACCUCGAUCUCAGCAACAACAACCUCACAGGGCCGUUUCCUUUCAACGCUACUGUCAGCAUCGAUAUCAACAUCAAGAGCCGCAACUACCUCUGCCACCCAGAUAGUGCCUUCAACUUUGCACUCCCCCCCUUUCCUCCCACUGUGCUCCCGCCCUCUGUGCCUCCUCCCUCUGUUCCCCUUCCCUCUGUGCUAUCCCCUACAGCAUUGAGGGCAACAACUACCUCUGCCACCCAGAUAGGGCCUUCAACCUUCCUGCCUGGACUGGCAAAGGGCAACAACUACCUCUGCCACCCAGACAGAGCCUUCAACCUUCCUGCCUGCUCGGGCAAUGGCCUUCCAAUCACCUCCCCCACUCCCUCCUCCUCCACCUCCUCCUCCUCCUCCUCCUCCCCUCCCUCGGACUCCUCCUCCUCCGACCCUGCCAUGAACCUCGCAGCAGCCACUGCCAACUUUCACCCCUCCCACAUCAUCGGAUCUGGCGGGUUUGGGCCGGUGUUUAAAGGAAUCCUCCCUGAUGGCCGAAUGGUGGCGGUGAAAAAGAGAGAUGAGGACUCAUUACAAGGCGAGAAGGAGUUUUAUAACGAGGUCGACCUGCUGUCGCGCGCGCGCCACCCGAAUCUCGUGGAUUUGAUUGGAUUCUGCCGGGAGAGCGGGCAGCAGGUGUUGGUUUAUGAGUUCAUGCCGCAUGGGACCGUGCGGGAUCAUCUGUAUGACUCCAUUGGGAAUCCGUUGGGGCACCUGCGCUGGCUGCAGCGCCUGCAUAUCGCCCUCAACGCCGCUAGAGGAAUCGAGUAUCUGCACACGGGCAUGACCCCCCCUAUCAUCCACCGGGACAUCAAGACCAGCAACAUUCUCCUAGACGCCAACCUGAGAGCACACGUGGCCGACUUUGGGCUGUCCAGGGAGGGCUCUGUGAGCCGCACUCACGUGUCCACCAAUGUCAAGGGGACUGCUGGAUACCUCGACCCUGAGUACUACACGGUGCAGCAAUUAACCGACCGCAGUGACGUGUUCAGCUUUGGAGUCGUGCUGCUGGAGCUGAUUUCUGGGCGGCAGCCAAUCGAUCUGAACCGUCCAAGAGACGAUUGGAGCAUCAUUGAUUGGGUGCGCUCGCGGCUGCAGCAAGGGCAGAUAGAGGCUAUAAUAGACCCGACUCUCUCCCCAUCGGAAUUCGACAUCGAGGUCAUGUGGCGCGUGGCCGAGGUGCGCUCGCGGCUGCAGCAAGGGCAGAUAGAGGCUAUAAUAGACCCGACUCUCUCCCCAUCGGAAUUCGACAUCGAGGUCAUGUGGCGCGUGGCCGAGGUGGGCGUGGUGUGCGUUGAACCGAAAAGCUUCAACCGCCCGAGCAUUUCGGACGUCUGCUUCGAGUUAAACCACGCCAUCCAGCUCGAGGCAGCGGCCGGCCACCCGCCGCCCGGGUUGGGCCACUCGAAUAUCACGUUUGCAAGCAGCGGGGAGGGGAGCAGCAGCAGUGGGUUGGGGGGGAGUGGGGGGGUGAUGAGUGCUGGGGAGGGGAGCAGCAGCGGGACUGGGAGUGGGGGGGUGGGAGGAGGGAACGGUAGCAGUAAUGCGGCCAUACCUGUGUCGUACCAACCAGGGGGGGUGGAAGGAGGGUUGGGUUCUGCUGCUGCUGCUAUUGUUGGCAUGGGUGCAGUCGGGAAUGCUCCCAGCCUUCCCCCACUUGCCUACAACACAGCAGGAGCACCAGCAGGGUCGCGGUCGUACACUCGAUUCAGUACUGUCGUUUCCCUUUGCUUCCCUUCUCCCUGCCAUUCCCAGCUUGAGAUUGCAGGCGUUCACGCACAGAUCAGGCGAACCAUAUCCUACCUGGAGACACGCUACGUUGACUGCGGUGACGAUUUCGGAGGCAGAAUGAGCGCGCGCCUGUCCCCCUUCAUCAAGAAGCACGAGCCAGACAAAGGUUGCCCCCGCGUGAAGGUGCAAGGAGUCGACUCGGACGGUCGGCCCACCACACACUCGUUCGUGCUGCACAAGAACCCCAGUGAGGACUACCCAACCGUGGGUAGUCAUGACGCCUGCGUCGACCUCUGCACCGCGUUCGCCGACACGCUCGUGCGCAGCCUCACCAAGAGGUUUCAAGACUUGGACUCACUGACUGGAAUCUGGCGCAGCUACAAGAAGCGCCGCCCCUUUGGCAAUGUUGCAGCAGCACCAGCAGAAGAGGGGCAAGAGGAUGGAAGGGGCAAGGAGACAGCUAUGGAGGAGUGGGAAGAAGCACAGGCUACUGGCUGUGAUGAUGCAUUAGACUCUGAUGAUGAUUAUUGA